AUGGCGAAAACAAAACAAACCCUAACCCUUUUGUUAAUCUCGUCAUCUUUCGCCACCUUCUUCGUUCUCUCUCUCUCCUCCGCCGCGGACUUCUUCCUCUACGGUGGGUGCACGCAGCAACGGUACGCCUCCAACUCGCCCUACGAGUCAAACCUCAAUUCGCUCCUCACCUCGCUGGUCAACUCGGCCACGUACUCCUCCUACAGCAACCUCACCGUGGUGGGGUCCAGCCGGAGCGACAUUGUUUACGGACUCUACCAGUGCCGCGGCGACCUCGCCAUGCCGGACUGCGCCGCAUGCGUUGCGCGUGCGGUCUCUCGCGCCGGCCAGCUCUGCCCGGGGGCGUGCGGCGGCGCGGUGCAGCUCGACGGGUGUUUCGUGAAGUACGACAACGCCACGUUCCUGGGCGUGGAGGACAAGACGGUGGUGUUGAAGAGGUGUGGGCCCUCCCUGGGGUUCGGGUCGGGCGCGGUGAGCGAGAGAGAUGCGGUAUUGGGUGGGUUGCUGGGUUCGGGAGGGUUUUUUCGGGUUGGGGGGUCGGGUGAGGUGAAGGGCGUGGCGCAGUGUUGUGGGGAUUUGAGCUUUUCUGAGUGUCAGGAUUGUGUGGGGGAUGCAAUCCGACGGCUGAGGAGUGAGUGUGCUGGUGCGGACUAUGGGGAUGUGUUCUUGGGGAAGUGUUACGCCAGGUUCUCCACUAAUGGGGCUCAUGCUUACAACAGCAAGGCCCAUGCAGGAAAAUCGGGGAACGAAGGUGAAAAGACAUUCGCAAUAAUUGUUGGAUUAUUAGCAGGAGUUGCUGUACUCAUUAUUUUCCUUGCUUUCUUGAGAAGGCUUUGUGAGGGACACGGUAAAUAA